ACAAUCAUCAUCGGUCCACCCCUGACUCGCUGAAAACAAAGGUCAAAAACCACUAAACAGCAAAGGCGGCGUAUUUCGUAAGCGGAACGUGAAACAAUCAACUUCACCUGUGCGCGUGAUUUCUGCUAACGUUAUUCUGAAACGAGCGCACCGAAAAUCGUCGAAUUUUCUGACGGAUAUUUAUGAGGCCCCCAUCGCAGCCACUCACACACGCUAAAAUGAGGCUGUUUGCGGCAGCAACAGUUGCGCUUGUAUUGCUUCUGUGCCAAGCAGCUGGCGAGGAGCGAGCGGAACAGGCACAGGGCGAUGCGGAGAGCAUGGAAACUUCUGAAACGACAACGGAACAGACGGUCAGUGAGCCCCCGAUUACGCUGGUCCACGUUCUGAAUCCCGGCGAGCGGGAGUAUUUGUCGCCCAACCUGAUUGGUGUCCAGAACAUUGCUAUGACCUUCCUGCCACUGUCGAUGAACUUUGUGAAUAUCAUCGAUGCCUUUCGGGAAAUCACCGCCGGAGUGCGCUAUGAGAUCCUGCUAAAUGCGGUAAACACAAAGACUAUGCCGCCGACGGAUGCGGACAUAAUCUGCCGCCUGGUCAUCCUGGAAAAGCCUUGGCUGCACACCCAAUGGGGAGACAAGCACCGCGAACUGGUCACCUCCAAUUGCACCGACACGGCGGAAAACUCGGUGGCCGCAGAUCCAGCAGAGAAGGCACGACUGCUUAACGAGAAAUACGUCCAUCGCAGUAGACGUAGCGCAAACGAUAUCUUUGGUGGGCAUAAGGCUUACGAUGAAGAGGCGGCGAAGGCGCAGCUGCAAAAAUCUCUUGACAAACUGACCGCGGGUGAGGGUCCCCAUUACAAAAUCGUUAAAGUAUACUCCGCUUCGCGACAAGUGGCUUCGGGCAUCUUGACUCGUAUCGAUGCGGAUCUAAUCGAUGGCUCGGAAGAGCAGCACCGAUGCGUCGUGGAUAUCUGGACACAAGUCUGGGUGAGAAAGGAUGAACACGAAAUCACCUUUAAGUGCCGCAACCAACCGGUGGUCCAGGCCCGACACACGCGAUCCGCGGAGUGGGCCGAAAAAAAAACCCACAAGAAGCACAGCCAUCGUGCUCUUGACAAGGCGGACCACCUCUUUCAUAAGUUUCAGGUGCGGUUUGGUCGUCGCUACGUGAGCACCGCCGAGCGCCAGAUGCGCCUGCGCAUUUUCCGUCAGAAUCUAAAGACUAUCGAGCAGCUAAACGCCAACGAGAUGGGCAGCGCCAAGUACGGCAUCACGGAGUUUGCUGACAUGACCAGCUCGGAAUAUAAGGAACGCACGGGACUCUGGCAGCGCAAUGAUGCAAAGGCCACUGGCGGAUCAGUGGCUGUCGUACCGGCUUACCAUGGUGAACUGCCAAAGGAAUUCGACUGGCGGCAGAAGAAUGCUGUCACCCAGGUGAAAAACCAGGGAUCCUGCGGUUCAUGCUGGGCGUUUAGUGUGACGGGAAACAUUGAAGGUCUGCACGCCGUGAAAACAGGCGAUUUGAAAGAGUUCUCCGAGCAGGAGCUGCUUGACUGUGAUACCACUGAUAGUGCCUGCAACGGCGGCCUCAUGGAUAAUGCUUACAAAGCCAUUAAGGAUAUUGGCGGCCUAGAAUACGAAGCUGAGUAUCCAUACAAGGCCAAAAAGAAUCAGUGCCACUUCAACAGGACUUUGUCUCACGUUCAGGUUGCCGGUUUUGUGGAUCUGCCCAAGGGAAAUGAGACCGCCAUGCAGGAGUGGCUGCUCACCAAUGGUCCCAUUUCGAUCGGCAUUAAUGCGAAUGCUAUGCAGUUCUAUCGCGGCGGUGUUUCCCAUCCGUGGAAAGCCCUGUGUUCCAAGAAAAACCUAGACCACGGAGUUUUGGUUGUGGGGUAUGGCGUCUCCGAAUAUCCGAACUUCCAUAAAACCCUGCCCUACUGGAUUGUGAAAAACUCGUGGGGUCCGCGCUGGGGAGAGCAGGGCUAUUAUCGCGUCUAUCGUGGUGACAACACCUGCGGGGUCAGUGAAAUGGCCACUUCGGCUGUGCUUGCCUAGACUUGAUUUGAGUCCAAUUAUAUACAUACAUACGACUAUAUCUAGGUUAAUAUAUUCAAUUCAGUCAUUAUCUUUCUGUGCAAUUCCGUUUCAUUGUUCUUUAACCGACACGAUGAGGGAGUCGGUAAAUUUCAAGGCUUCGCCUAUAUAGUAUAAUCAUUUCUGGCAUCUGUAAUCUCACGAAAAAAUCUGCAUCAACAUAUUCCGCUUUAAAUUGAAAUAACAAAUUGUAAAAGAACUUAAA